CAAAACAAAACUCGCAGCAAAAUUAACAAAAAAAAGAAAAAAAUCAAAAUUCCAGCAAAGCUAUUAAUUUCAAAACAUUCAAACUGCUUUGGACUUUUUUGAGCCUCAAGCUAUAACGCCUUAACCUGCUAUGAGCAAAGUAUUGACUCCACAAAUUUGCAAAAACCGGCUAUUCUAACAAAUACAGAACAGAAUUUACUUAUAUGGAAUAAAAGGCAAAAAUUAAAUAAUUUUUCACUCUUCAGACGCUAUGGAAUUGAUCGCUUAUAUUCAAAAUUACGAUUGGGGCAAAUUGGGAAAAGAUUCUGAAGUAGCUCAACUAAUUGUAGCGAACAAUCCCGCUUAUGAAAUUGAUGAAAAUAAACCCUAUGCGGAGCUAUGGAUGGGUGAUCAUCCUUGCGGGCCUUCGAUUGUAAAAUCAACGGGUCAACAAUUAGAUAAAGUUUUGAAGGAUAAGUUAACUUAUCUCUUUAAAGUUUUGAGUAUACGCAAAUCAUUAAGCAUACAAGUGCAUCCAAAUAAAAAAGAAGCCGAGCAAUUGCAUAAAAAUUGUCCUGCUUUGUACGAUGCCAAUCAUAAGCCUGAAUUGGUCAUUGCCUUAACACCUUUCACAGCGCUUUGCGGUUUCCGUCCAAAUUGUGAAAUAUAUGAAUUUUGUAAAAUCCUUCCGCCACUGAAAAGAUUUUUAGGGGGCGACAAAUCGAUCGAGUGCUUAAAUACGAAAACACCUGGUGCCGUACAACCAAUCUAUGCAACUUUAAUGACCGCCGAUGAAGAUGACGUAGCUGAGCUGAUAAAAUGUAUUACCACCAAAUAUAUGCCAGUCCUUGCCACAUAUCGACUAGAUGAACUUUUUACAACAAUUAAUCAAGAUUUUCCUAACGAUGUUGGUGUUCUAUCUUUAUUCUUUCUAAAUGUAAUAUACUUAAAACCGGGUGAGUCGUUGUACCUGGGACCAAAUGAAAUUCAUGCCUAUCUUAACGGUGAUUGCGUGGAAUGUAUGGCUUGUUCAGAUAACGUUAUACGAGCUGGCCUUACGCCCAAAUAUAAAGACGUUGAACGUUUGCUAGAGUCGUUGAACUAUGCUGGGCAAUUGGGAGAAUAUAAAAUUUUUAAACCCAAACGUUUGGAUGCGAAUGCUCAACUUUUUGCACCACCCGUAAAGGAUUUCGCUGUUGUGCAUAUACAAAUCAACGAUAAUGAUCCGUAUACUUUAAAGCUGCCGCAGUCAUCUGGUAUUUUACUGGUACUUAAAGGCAAGCGAUUACUUAGUUCACCAGGACAUUCCCAACUUGUGAUAAAACGUGGUUCCAUUAUAUAUUUAACGACUCAGAUGAUGCGCAGCAUUGAGUUAACCAGCCCCAGUUCCACUGAUAGUAACGAUACAUUUAUUGCUUAUAUUGCCACUAAAAAUUGCUUUUAACCAAUUGCCAAGCUUGGCUUUCAAGCCGACUAAAUUAUUUUACCAAAAUUGGCACAAAAUUCCUUAUUGCAUUGAAUUGGUGGUUUUUCAAAAUUUUCUACUUUUAGUAGUAAUUUUCUUAAAUAAAGUCAGCCAGUCUGGAAACAAUUUCCAGCAUAACCAGUGCAGUACUUUGUAAUUCUCGCAGUAAUUCUUAAGCCGCAUCCGCUCAAGCGGAUUACAAAUUGCAAGUAGACUGAUGUCGGUUUUGCGUUUCCGAUGCCGAGUAAAUUGGAUAAUUUUUUAUUUUGGACAAGCUGUAGCGAGUAGAGAGUUUACGACUGUCGACAAACUACGCAUUUUUCUUGCUUACUACUAUUGUAUUCAAAUUACGACCGAGUUUACUCGGUAUCAAGAACCAAGAAAAAAGCGAUCACUGCUUUGGUUCAGUUUUCAACCUUUCAAACUUCUCUAUGCUUUGCUGAAAUGUUCAAAGACAAAAUUACUGACAUUCUUAGGAAUUUUCCUAUUAUUAAAUGACCGCAUUUGUGUUUAUCAGCGACAUUUGGUGAAAAUGGUGAUGUGUCUAUGUAUAUAACGGUUAAAAUAAGAGUUUUUAAUGGCGUACUGCUUUUGGCGGGUCUCUUACGACAAUCCCAAGUGUAAAUAGUCAUCCAGGCGAGCCAUCCGCAUUGACACCGAAGCAGAAUAUUCAUGGUAAUAGGUUUCGCUAUGCAUACGGUGGGAUCGGGAAAGUGUAGCGUAUUACGAGCUGCCCAAACUGGACUACACUGUUACUGCAAAUGUCUAACAAUGAAUUUUUGCAAAAAAAGAGCAUCAACAACGGUUAAUCAACACUAAGUCAUUCUCUUGCCUGACCUAUGCUCGGCCUUUCGUUGCAAGAGUUGUCAAGGACACAUUGUUGCAGGUCGAAUGGGAAGUUCUGCGGCACCCAGCGUACUCAGAUAUUGUUUGGCCGGAAAUGUUGAAGAAAUGCGAAAAUAGGUCGACGAUAGAAUGGCUGCCAAAUCAGUACCGUUCCAUCUACAUGGUAUCGCCAUGUUGCCAGAAAUACGGUAAAAUGUUGUAGAAAGUGAUGAAAAAUGUUUUGAUUAAUAUAAAUUGCACCCAUUUUUCCAAAUAAAUGCUUUUUUCAACCGAAAAAAUGAUCAGAAUACAUGGAAGCACCAAUUAAUAAAACGGCGAAAAUAAAAAUUCACUUUUUUUUUUUUUUGCGCUUUAAUAUGUUUUCUUUAUUAUGAGUCAGAUUAAAUAUUUAUUGACGCAAAUAAACCACAAAUAUUACUCCAACAAAUUUAUGUCUAAUAGAAUAUAAACAAUGGUGCAGAAAAUCACAAUAACAUCACAUAACAUUAAUAUACUUUUAUAUACUUUAACAUACAUUAUGAAAUGACGGAAAUAAAAUAUGACUAAUAAAUAGCGACUGAAGUAAUACAAUAUCCAUAGUUUAUUAAUUUAGAGAUGGUCGACAGGCCAUGUAUCUUUCUUUUAAAAUAAUUAUUAUGUAAAAUAUUAUUUGAAAUUUCAUCAUCAAAUCCUUACCGCAGUAACUUAAGUAUUCUUAUCGGUCUUUUAACUAUGAAAUAAAUUUUUAGAAAUUGAGGCAACGCUUACGAUUCUCAACUUAAUUUCAUUAUUUAAGAAAUUUCAAUUCGAAAUUAAAAUAAAAAUAUUAACGAAUAAGCGAGAAUAACUCGCUUGACGUAAUGAUGAUUACCAGAGUUCUUUCUUAAAGCGUGCUUCUUUCUUCUUUGUCCCAAACGAACUUAAAAUUUAUUACAUCAAAUGUGAAAAAUAAACCAAUUGUUAGUAGAAAUCACAUAAUUUUAGACUUUUAUGUCCUUAGCUAGCCACUGAUAAUAUCUCUUUAUUAUAAAAAAAAAAUUAAGUGGAAGAGCAAGCACUUCUUUUUGAGCAAACUUUCGCUGUUUGUUAAACAUUAUCAUUAUCCAUCGAAAAAAAGGAACAUUUCCUCAGUUCCUUUUAGGAACAUUACGAAGUCAUGAGGCACAGAUAAGCGCCAUAGACGGGUUUGAAAAACUCAGCAUAUUAUUGUCCGUGAAGUACGUCAACUUGCGCUGUGGAGUGAGCAGCAGCACUUUACAUCUAUGUUGUCCCAUUCUAUAUGGUUUUUACUUUAUUCCUUUUUUUUUUUAAUUUUUCACAAAGUCAGUCUUAACUAAGCAAUUUAUGUGUUUGCCCUCAAUCAAUCAAUGUAUUGAAAUAUUUUCAAUUAUUUAUUGAUACAGUUUCGUUGAGAUGAAAUCCUCGGAUCAAAAGUGCAUGCAUUCAUUUCGCGCUUUACUCCUUAAUAUAGAGAAGGUAAGCAUAAUGUUAAUUUUUUUGUAUUGUAGAAAUAUUUUCUUUACACAGCUCCUUAUUUUCACCCUUUAACCUUUUCGAAUACUUUUUGCAGUUCCAAUAUUGUAUUAAUUUCCAUCUUGUCUAGUAGCGCUUUUUCUUCAUUUAAUGUCGCUCUUCGAAUUUUCAGCAUUUCUAACACAGCCUUCCGCGGACUUGUCUCUUCGAUUUCAUAUUCA